GUCCGGGAGGGCGGAGCGCCAUCAUGUGACAGAGGCUUAAACGGGAAGCGGCGGCGAAGCCGUGCGGGUGGACGCCGAGGGCAGCGCAGGCCCGCGGAGGCGGCGGCGGCAGGGCCCCAGCCAUGGCCGAUGACCUGAAGAGGUUCCUGUACAAGAAGCUGCCGAGCGUUGAAGGUCUUCAUGCUAUUGUAGUCUCAGAUAGAGAUGGUGUGCCUGUUAUCAAAGUUGCCAAUGAUAAUGCUCCAGAACAUGCACUGCGACCUGGCUUUCUCUCCACCUUUGCCCUUGCCACAGAUCAGGGCAGUAAACUAGGACUUUCCAAAAACAAAAGCAUCAUCUGCUAUUACAAUACAUACCAGGUGGUGCAGUUCAAUCGCUUACCUCUGGUAGUAAGUUUCAUUGCUAGCAGCAAUGCCAAUACCGGGCUGAUUGUCAGUCUAGAGAAGGAGCUGACGCCACUCUUUGAAGAACUGAGGCAGGUUGUUGAAGUGUCUUAACCUGAUGGUAUAGCCGGAGCGCAGCAUCCCUCUGCAGCCCAGUGGACAGAAAGAUUCAAUAAUCCUCAGUCAAAUAACAUGUCUCGGAAGAAAUACCACAGCUCCUUAGUAUACUAAGUAAGAGUAAAUUGUACAUAGUACUGAAUCUGAAAUGAUCUACUAGUGUGUUGUAGGCGGAUGUUACUUUAGGCCACGCUUCUUGUAUUGUGCAGUACUGGAGAGACCACCAAAAUAGCUCCCAUGGAGUUUAGCUGAGCCCCAUCGGCACGAUGCUGUUGGCUCAGAUGAGCAACCCACAGAUCUCUUGCUUUACAGGGAACCGGGCACGCGGCGGGGCAUAUCCUCAGGCCGGCUACCACGAUGUAUUGGAAAGCAGAUCGGUUGUAUAGCGUUAUCAAAGAUGUGGUUGAAAGAGUGUUGUGAUAGCAGGUUUGCUAGCAGUGAUGUGUCGGUACAAUCAAUAAAUAUCCUGGCUUUCUUACGUGGGUGAUACUUUGGCAAGGGAAUGCUACUAAUCUGGAUGUUAGCUGCAUCCUGCUUCCACUAAGAAGAAAGCUAUUUCUAUGAAAGCUGUUGCUUUAGGUGUUUUCCUGAUGCCCAGAUAAAAGCACCCAAACAGUGUCUCACUUCUUCAUGGGUUUUUUGUGUCAUAUGGUUUGUGAAGAUCUCAUGUCGCAUAGUCUUUGUGUGGGUUUAUCACUGGUGACAGUCUCGGCUCAUUUACCCUUAGGUUUUCCUAAGUAAACAAAUAUAAAUAAAAUACAGUAUUUUUAAAUGA